UUAAGCAGUUUGAGGACUAAUCUGAAAGAGGAAGAAGACUCUGUAUGUUUUGGCUAGCAAAUGUGUCCUUCCCUCUCCCUUCUUGAAAACAGCAGCAACCCAUUUUGGCAAGGAAGUUUGCUUAAAUAACAGACCUUCUGUGCAUGCACUAUGCUGCUAAGACCAUUUAGAGUAUCCAGAUUAGCUCUGCAGCUUGUUAAAGAAGGUUGACUCUCCGAAGGACUGGUAGAGUGGAUUUACUGAAGACUUGGACCUUGCUUCUGAGAGCAAGCACACAAAGACCAUAAACUACAUAUAGCAGAGACAAAGUACAUGGUGGCUUUUGAAGGGAAACCAAACAGGGAGGAAUAAUCUGCCGCAUUCACAAGGUGGUUUAGCAAUCAUAUUCCACUUGAACCUCUCAACAUCCUGCAACUUAAACAGGUCUUUGGAUUUCGUCUUGGCCUUCCUCUGACAUUACAACAUAAGAAGCACUAACCAUCCCAAGAAGGAAUAUUUGCGGAGAGUACUUCAGUGCCACAAAGAGGCUGCUUAGAUAUUCUAUCUGACUCUUGUUGAAAAUAAGAAAUUCUGAGAUAAAACGAAGAAAAUUCUGCUCCUUAAACAUGUUGCCAUAAACCAAAAACAAGGUCAAACUGGAAACCCAGGCUCCAGGUGAAAAUUCCUAGAAAAACAUGGAUCAAGCUGGAAAUCUGACAGUGUCUUCCACCAGUAAUAAUACAUGCCUUGGCGCUAUUGAAGACUUCCGUAAUCAAGUGUAUUCCACCUUAUACUCUAUGAUCUCCGUUGUGGGCUUCUUUGGAAAUGGCUUCGUGCUCUAUGUCCUCAUAAAAACAUAUCAUGAGAAAUCAGCCUUCCAAGUUUAUAUGAUUAACUUAGCAAUAGCAGAUCUUCUAUGUGUGUGCACACUGCCUCUGCGGGUAGUCUACUAUGUUCACAGGGGAAUUUGGUUCUUUGGAGACUUUUUGUGCCGCCUCAGCACCUAUGCCCUGUAUGUCAAUCUCUAUUGCAGCAUUUUCUUUAUGACAGCCAUGAGUUUUUUCCGGUGCGUUGCAAUUGUUUUCCCUGUCCAGAAUAUUAAUUUGGUCACACACAAAAAAGCCAGAUGUGUGUGUGUUGGAAUUUGGAUUUUUGUAAUAUUGGCCAGCUCUCCAUUUCUAAUGAACAAAUCUUACAAGGAUGAGAAAAACAAUACCAAGUGCUUUGAGCCGCCACAGAAUAGUCAAGCUAAAAAUCAUGUUAUGAUCUUACAUUACGUGUCAUUAUUUAUUGGCUUCAUCAUUCCUUUUGUUAUUAUAAUUGUCUGUUACACAAUGAUCAUCUUGACCUUGCUAAAAAAGUCAAUGAAGAAAAAUCUGUCAAGCCGUAAAAAGGCUAUAGGAAUGAUCAUAAUUGUUACAGCUGCCUUUUUAAUCAGCUUCAUGCCGUAUCAUAUUCAGCGCACGAUCCACCUUCAUUUUUUGCACAAUGCAACAAAGCCGUGUGAUUCUGUUCUUAGAAUGCAGAAGUCAGUGGUCAUAACCCUGUCUCUGGCAGCAUCAAAUUGUUGCUUUGACCCCCUUCUAUAUUUCUUUUCAGGGGGGAACUUUAGGAGAAGACUCUCUACAUUUAGAAAGCAUUCUUCAUCCAGCAUGAAUUAUGUGCCCAAGAAGAAGACCUCCUUGCCAGAAAAAGGAGAAGAAACAUGUAAAGAAUGAACUCAUCCCCAGUGCAACAUAACAAAGAGUUUCUCAAACAAGUUUUUUCUUCUCAAAUCACUUGCAAUGAUAAUAAAAUUUUAAUAAUUUACAAAUGCUUAAUGUCUGCCUAUAAAUCU